GCUGCAGCACCGGCUAAGGGGAGGGGGGGGCGAAUAAUGUAGCUCCUGCUCCCCUUCCCUGCACGCCGGGUCCUCGGGCAGCCGCAGCAGAGCCGAGCUGGGGCUGGGUUCGCCGGCCGCCUCCUGCAGCGAUCGCUCGGCGCUGCCUGCUCGCGGGGCUCUGCCGCCAGGCCCGGGGCAGCGAGGCGGGUCAGUGGGGCCGCCGCCCCUCGCCCAGAACCCAGGAAGCUCUGAGUAAAAGCUCAAACCUACAUCCUUAACACAUCCCAUUGUAUCUGGAUACUGCAGCACAUAUGAGCUGUGAAAGUUAACUGAAGUAGAAUGGAAGCUACCGUAAUAUUACCUAUUCUGAAGAAAAAAUUAGCCUUCCUUUCAGGAGGAAAGGACAGACGAAGUGGCCUCAUUCUGACAAUUCCAUUAUGCCUUGAACAGACAAACAUGGAUGAGCUGAGUGUUACCCUAGACUAUCUGCUAAGCAUUCCAAGUGAAAAGUGUAAAGCUAGAGGAUUUACUGUGAUAGUCGAUGGCAGAAAAUCUCAAUGGAAUGUGGUAAAGACGGUUGUGUUAAUGCUCCAGAAUGUUGUUCCAGCUGAGGUGUCGCUUGUUUGUGUAGUAAAACCUGAUGAAUUUUGGGACAAGAAGGUUACACAUUUUUGUUUUUGGAAAGAGAAAGAUAGACUUGGCUUUGAGGUUAUUUUAGUAUCAGCCAACAAGUUGACUCGAUACAUAGAACCAUGCCAGCUGACAGAAGAUUUUGGAGGGAGCCUUUCCUAUGAUCACAUGGAUUGGUUGAAUAAGAGGCUGGUAUUUGAAAAGUUUACAAAAGAGUCUACAUCAUUACUAGAUGAGCUUGCUUUAAUUAACAAUGGAAGUGAUAAAGGAAACCAACAGGAGAAAGAAAGGUCUAUGGAUUUAAACUUUCUUCCAUCUGUUGAUCCAGAGACAGUACUACAGACAGGUCAUGAGCUAUUAUCAGAGUUACAGCAGCGUCGGUUUAAUGGUUCAGAUGGAGGGGUCUCAUGGUCUCCCAUGGAUGAUGAACUGCUUGCUCAGCCACAGGUCAUGAAGCUAUUAGAUUCACUCCGAGAACAGUAUACGCGUUACCAGGAAGUUUGUAGACAACGUAGCAAGCGCACACAGCUAGAGGAGAUUCAACAGAAGGUAAUGCAGGUAGUGAAUUGGCUUGAAGGACCUGGAUCAGAACAACUACGGACCCAGUGGGGGAUAGGUGAUUCAAUUAGAGCCUCACAAGCUUUGCAACAGAAACAUGAAGAGAUUGAGAGUCAACACAGUGAGUGGUUCGCCGUAUAUGUGGAGCUUAAUCAGCAGAUUGCAGCACUGCUAAAUGCUGGGGAUGAGGAGGACCUGGUAGAGUUGAAAGCACUACAGCAACAGUUGAGCGAUGUCUGUUAUCGGCAGGCCAGUCAGCUGGAAUUUAGGCAAAAUCUGUUACAAGCAGCGCUUGAAUUCCAUGGUGUUGCCCAAGAUUUGUCUCAGCAGUUAGAUGGCUUAUUAGGGAUGUUGUGUGUAGAUGUAGCACCAGCUGAUGGAGCAUCAAUUCAGCAAACUUUAAAACUGCUUGAAGAGAAGCUGAAAAGUGUUGACUUAGGCCUGCAAGGUUUGCGUGAAAAAGGCCAAGGUCUUCUUGACCAGAUAUCUAACCAGGCAUCCUGGGCCUAUGGAAAAGAUGUAACCAUAGAAAACAAAGAAAAUGUGGACCACAUCCAGGGAGUGAUGGAAGAUAUGCAGCUUAGAAAACAACGGUGUGAGGACAUGGUAGAUGUGCGACGGUUAAAGAUGCUUCAGAUGGUUCAGUUAUUUAAAUGUGAAGAAGAUGCUGCUCAGGCAGUAGAAUGGUUAAGUGAACUGUUGGAUGCUCUGCUUAAGACCCACAUCAGAUUGGGAGAUGAUUCUCAAGAAACCAAAGUUUUGUUGGAAAAGCAUCGAAAGUUUUUUGAUGUUGCACAGAGUACUUAUGAUUAUGGGAGACAGUUACUACAGGCUACAGUUGUACUGUGCCAGUCUCUGCGAUGCACUUCUAGGUCCUCAGGAGACACACUUCCGAGACUAAACAGAGUAUGGAAACAGUUUACAAUAACUUCUGAAGAGAGAGUACACAGGUUGGAAAUGGCUAUUGCAUUUCAUUCAAAUGCUGAAAAGAUUUUGCAAGAAUUUCCAGAGCAGCCGGAAGCCAUUAAUGAAAUGGAGCAAUUUGAUGAAAUUGAAGCAGUUGGGAAAUCACUGUUGGACAGAUUAACAGUGCCUGUAGUUUAUCCUGAUGGUACUGAGCAGUACUUUGGGAGCCCAAGUGACAUGGCUUCUACAGCAGAACACAUUAGAGAGAAGAUGAAGCUCCUUAGCCUGAAAAAGCAGCAGCUGAGACAACCAGAAGCCACUACCCCAGAGAGCUAAUAGACUGGACCCUUAUCUACCAGCUCAUAAUAAGACUUCAGUUUGUAACCCAGCAUGUCGUCUGAAUAUUACAGCAUUUGACAUAAUGCAUUUCAUAGCCAUUAUAAAAGCCUCAUCUUUUUCAAAGUAAACAUUGCUCCUCAACAUCGUAACACUGUACAUCUGCCAAGCCAUAAUUAUUUAACAUGCUAUAAAACCAUAGAUUCCAAGUAUCUUAUCAAAAAGAACUGUAAACCUUGCACUGAAAAAUUGCUGUAAAGCUUUACCCUGACCUGUCAGUUGCUUCUUAGUUAAACAGCUGACAUAAGCUUUGAAUGGUGCUAAUCAGAAUGUAGAAAUUCCACAUAUGAAACAGUAGCUCUCUUUACCCCCCCCCUCCCCCCAGUGAUGUAGUAUUUUUAGGCUGUAGGUAAGCUACCUGUUUGUGUAGACAGUGAUGACCCUAUAAUUUUAAUUUGUAAUACUUUAAAAAUGACCAUUUCUGUUAUGCCAAUAUGCAGCCUGCCCAUCAAAUCUUUGAUAUAUCCGAUUCAUCAAACAGAUGUUUUCCUAUUUGUAUUGAUAUGUAUUAAAAGCUGAUUGUGCUUAAUAAAAACCAUCUUUUAAAAAUCUGA